AUGUCUCUGAUAGUCCAAAACCCAGCAGCGUGGCUACCUACCUGCAUGCUCCCUGCCACCCCAUCACCCAAUGCCCACCAUCCGUACACACCCAUCAUGCAACACCCACCAUCCCCGGGAACGGUGCAAGAGGAGCCGGGAACGGUGCAAGAGGAGCCGAGAACGGUGCAAGAGGAGCCGGGAACGGUGCAAGAGGAGCCGAGAACGGUGCAAGAGGAGCCGAGAACGGUGCAAGAGGAGCCGAGAACGGUGCAAGAGGAGCCGAGAACGGUGCAAGAGGAGCCGGGAACGGUGCAAGAGGAGCCGAGAACGGUGCAAGAGGAGCCGAGAACGGUGCAAGAGGAGCCGGGAACGGUGCAAGAGGAGCCGAGAACGGUGCAAGAGGAGCCGAGAACGGUGCAAGAGGAGCCGGGAACGGUGCAAGAGGAGCCGAGAACGGUGCAAGAGGAGCCGAGAACGGUGCAAGAGGAGCCGAGAACGGUGCAAGAGGAGCCGGGAACGGUGCAAGAGGAGCCGAGAACGGUGCAAGAGGAGCCGAGAACGGUGCAAGAGGAGCCGAGAACGGUGCAAGAGGAGCCGGGAACGGUGCAAGAGGAGCCGAGAACGGUGCAAGAGGAGCCGGGAACGGUGCAAGAGGAGCCGAGAACGGUGCAAGAGGAGCCGGGAACGGUGCAAGAGGAGCCGGGAACGGUGCAAGAGGAGCCGGGAACGGUGCGAUUGGGACACAAGCGAGGAUACAGUUCAACACUAGGCUUUCCAAAAAGCGACAUCUAUGUGAAUGCCAUGAAUGAAUGA